GCACACGCUCACUCAUUCACUCAGUCAGCCAACCAGCCAGCCACUCAGUUAGGCAGACAAAGAAGAGCAGCAUCCUGCAGGAGGACAGCACGCUCCCGGGGGAUGGGGCAUCAUACCCCUGCAUCGCGUUGGGGGGGCCGGAGGAGGCACAGGAGAGCCAUUCAGAAGAGCCGGGGGUCAAAGGUGAGAAGAGCAGAGGGCACCAUGGAGAGUGAGCCAGGGGCCCCUGCCUCCACGGCCAACAGUACCGGGUCCACCUCCACCUCCUCCAUGACCACCACCUCCUCCAACACAGCUGCCGGCAGUAGUAGUACCUCUAACACUACUACUACUGCUUCUACCACUUCCACUAGCAGUAGUAAUAGUAGUAGCAGCGGUGGUAGUAGUAACACUAGCAGUACCACUAGCAGCACUACAACAGGAAGACAGGCAGUGCCUCAGAUAUCUGUUUACAGUGGGAUUCCUGACCGACAGACAGUGCAGGUGUUCCAGCAGGCGUUACACAGACAGCCUAACACAGCAGCACAGUACCUGCAGCAGAUGUACGCUGCUCAGCAGCAGCAUCUGAUGCUGCAAACCGCAGCCCUCCAGCAGCAGCACAACCUCAGCACUGCUCAGCUCCAGAGCCUGGCUGCUGUACAACAGGCCAGUAUCGCAGCUGGCCGGCAAAGCUCUUCACAGAAUGGCACUUCAUCCCAGCAAACAGGAUCUACUCAGGCUACGAUCAACCUGACCACCUCCCCAGCGGCAGCUCAGCUGAUCAGCCGGGCCCAGAGCAUUAGUUCCACCCCCACCAGUAUAUCCCAGCAGGCUGUUCUGCUGGGCAGCCCAUCUAGCCCCACUCUCACGGCCAGCCAGGCACAGAUGUACCUACGUGCACAGAUGGCCCAGCAGAGUAACCUGGUGCAGGUGGCCAGGAGCCUGGGCCGGGCUGUUCCUCUGUCCCCACAACUCAUCUUUACUCCAACAGCCACAGUGACAGCUGUCCAAUCAGAGAACUCUACGCAGGCUUCCUCACAGUCAUGUCCCUUUUUAUUCUGUCUCUCUAAGAAUCAGGUCCAGAAUCUGGCCAUCCGUGGCCAGCAGGUGGCGACCACGUCCUCCUCUCAGACUCAGACCCUGCAGGCACUCAGUCUGAAGCAGAGCCCUGUGCCCAUUCAGCCGGCUUCAAUGAUCAAGAAUCCCAGCCAAGUAAUGCAGGCCUCCACAGGAGGGAAAGCCAGCUCCUCCGACAGUUUGUCUGAAGCAGGGAAGAAGGGGGACAGCGCAGCAGUCACAGAAGUCCGAGCUAUAAACAUGAGUCGCAGUGUCACGGCUGUCAGUGCUCAGCCCCUGAUCGCUCCAGCAUACACACAGAUUCAGCCCCACUCCCUGGUUCAGCAGCACAAGCAGCAGCAGCAGCAGCAGCAGCAGCAGUUUGUGGUCCAUCAGAGUCAAGGUUCCCAGAGGGCCGCAGGCCAGCUGCUGCAGACGGCCUCCAUUCAACCGUCACAGCACCCUGUCCCUGUACUGCCCAAACCUGCUCCAAACCAACCCUCCACGCCCAGCCAGCAGGCCACCAUCUUCCACUCUACCAUCAGCCCCCACGCCCUCCACUCCUCCCUCAACCAUGCCAAAGCUCAGCCAGUCCAGCUCACUGCCAUCAACCUACAAAUACAGCCAACAGCCUCUCGACUGCUUCAGGACUGUAAAGAUAAGCCAACAUCACUUGUGGUCAGAGAGACGUGUCCAACCCCCAGCACACAUCAACAGCAGCCGCAACAACAACAACAACAACAACAGCAACAGCAGCAGCAACAACAGCAACAACCUGCACCUGCGCCUUUGCCAUCGCAACCCUCCAAGCCCGUAGAGCAGCCCAAGGUCAACCCAUCCACGCCAGCUGUUCAGCCACAAGGAGGGGGCUCAACCAAGAGGCCAAGCACUGCACCUGGGACCCCACCUCCAGCCAUGACCUCAGGAAAUGAGAGCGAGGCGCCCACCGUGACGGGCAGCACGCCGCAGAACGGAGAGAACAAACCGCCCCAGGCCAUCGUCAAGCCCCAGGUCCUCACACAUGUCAUCGAAGGCUUUGUCAUUCAGGAGGGGGCCGAGCCGUUCCCCGUGUGCGUGGAGCGUCUGCCCAUUCUUAUCGACAGCCCAAAGAAGCUGGAUCAUCAGCUCUCUUCAGACCCCGACAAAACCCCGGUCAGCAACGCAGCAAACUCCGACUCAGAGCCUGAGGACAUGAACCCGCCAGAAAAAGAGCAAGAACCCAAGCUGACCUGUGAAUACUGUGGCUGGGUUGACUUUGCCUACACGUUCAAAGGCUCUAAAAGAUUCUGCUCAAUGGUUUGUGCAAAGAGGUACAAUGUGGGCUGUACGAAGCGGAUAGGCCUUUUCCGACCAGAGAGGAGUAAACCAACAAACCGCUGGCGUAGAAGAUCUCAGGGCCGCCCCAGUAUAGAGGCAAAGAAGCAGAAGCUGUCCCCCUCCCCGCAGCAGACUCAGGGCGGCUCUGUAUCUUCACCGCAUCCCUCGCAGCCCAGUCAGGAGGAGUCUAGCCCGUGUUCGGACAUGUCCAGCUACGAGGAGCCGCCGUCUCCCCUGUCAGCCGCCAGCUCGGGACACCUGGCCCCCGCUCCAGCCCCAGCUCAGGUCCCCGUCCACCGGUAUCCGAGCAGGGCCUCGGUCCAGGAGAGCUGCGCUGAGAGAGACACACCUUCGCACUGUCAGCGCUUCUUACCCAACGACCCCACCAACUGGAAUGUGGAGGAAGUUUACGAGUUCAUCCGUUCACUGCCAGGUUGUCAGGAGAUAGCAGACGAGUUUCGCUCUCAGGAGAUCGAUGGACAGGCCUUGCUUCUGUUAAAGGAGGACCAUCUCAUGAGCACCAUGAACAUUAAACUGGGACCCGCACUCAAGAUCUUUGCACGCAUCAACAUGCUCAAAGACUCUUAGCAGGAAAGAGUGUUUGUGUGUUGCACAUUGAUCUCUGUGUGUUUGUGUGUGUGUGUGUUUGUGUGUGUUGUGUGUGUGUGUGUGUGUGUGUGUGUGUGUGUGUGUGAAAGAGAAAGGCAUAUAAGAGAAAGGCAGUGUAAAACUGGCCAAGGGCAAAUUAUGCGUCAUCGUAGCACUGACAGCACAGACUGACUGCACUAUGACCCCGCCUUCUCCCCACUACUGGACUGGUUCCAUUGAUAGAGAAUUUAACUUUAGCUGGCACUCAUAUUCACCUGCAUCUGCCCAAUCACCAUGUGACCAUUGCUAGUCACAGGACUGAUGGUGGUUACAUUAGAGUUUCUGUUUGAGGACUGGAAGCUGUUGGUCUGUGUUUUCAUGCACUCACAGCAGUUCUGUGCUAGUUAGAAACAAUGUAGGCGAUCUUCAUCGAUCUGUGAUCUGUGCCAAAUUACAAAAUGCUGAUUCACACAUUAAAUGAGUGAAUAUAUUUGAUUUACACCUGGUGUUAACAUGCAAGUCGUAUCUGGAUAAAGAACAACACAGGGCUGAUUCGAAUCAACAGGGAGAGAGAGAAACAAAGGGGGUGUGUGUGUGUGUGUGUGUGUGUGUGUGUGUGUGUGUGUGUGUGUGUGUGUGUGUGUGUGUGUGUGUGUGUGUGUGUGUGUGUGUGUGUGUGUGUGUGUGUGUGUGUGUGUGUGUGUGUGUGCAGAUUAAAGUAGUUUAUGAGUAAACACUAGAGAAAGGCUUGCUUUGCCUCCCUGUCUCAUGAACUUCUUCAGAGCGCACAUUUUCCCCCUCAUAUAAACACCGGACCGGAGUGGUUCCUCCACGUUGUCCUCACUGAAGCUUUGAGGGCCCAAAAAAUGAUAUUCAGGGCAGCUCUAGAACAGCUCAUGUUGACACUGGGUGUAAGUACAUGCAGAACAUUGUGAUCCGAUCUCAGCCAGGAGUAAACACCAUCCAUCCUGUACUUUUUGGGGCAAUUUAUGCUUUUAUUCCAGAGUCAAUAGUAGAGAGGAAAUGAGGGGAGAGAUGUGGUGAACAACAUGCAACAAAGGACAUUGUAGUUCUUGUUGUUGGGUUGAUUAAACCCCAGUUUUGUCUCUUCUUGCCGUCUCAAGAUGUUGGUCAAAAAGCUGCAGAUCGCCUCACUCUGUAGAGGAAAAGUGAGUCGAGCCCCUACAGCGGCAUUGCUUCCCUUCACCUGCGACGUGAAAGCUGAGAUCUGAUCAUAAUGCAGGCAGAAUUGAGAUUACAAGAGCUCUUAUUAAUAAAGAGGUGUAGAUGCAAAGGCCUUUCAUGAAACGUCAUUAUCCAUUAUCCAGAUACAGAUUCCAUGAUAAUAGCAGAUGUAAAUGGGGUCUCGCCUUCAGUCAGAGGAUAAAAUGAAACUGUAGAAGUUUAAAGGAGAAACAGAGGAGAAUAAAGUUGAAUUAAGUGUUCACUGCGCUACCUGAUCAGUUGUGCUCAGGUUGGGUCAUACUGCAGCACAGUCGUGACUGAACUGAGGCAUUGAGACAACCAUGAGUGAUGUCUGAAUUCAUUAUUUUAUUAUUAGAGAUGUUUUUUUGUACAGGUUUGUUAGCGUGUGAAAGAGAGAGAGAAAAUGGGCUGUAUGUGUGGCUGGGAACAGAAGAUUGCAUUCAUUAAUUUGCUCAUUUUCAUUCAGUAGAUGCUCCUUUUGCCUUUUCCCACAAUAAGACUCUCACAGCUCUCGAAUACAAAGCCUGAAUGCAGAAUAAAACGUUUAAGUAGCUUCUUUUUGUGACAUUGAUUUCUCUUUCAUGAGGAACUCGCCAGUUUUCUCCUGUAGAUUGAAACUGCUUACAAAUGAUUUAUUUUUUUUGCUGCUUUUUCCGAAUGAUUUACUAAAAUAUGACAUUGAUUUACUGUCUCAGUUUUUAUAGGACGACACUAAGUUAUCCGAGGAACAAUUCGGGUAUGCUGCCCUGCUUUUGGCACUUAUUUUCCUUUUUUUUGCUUUAAUAUUAUAAGAUACUCCAUCUAGAGUGAAAGUGGCAUUUGUGCAGCACUGCAAGUUUAUGUGUACAUAGCAGCUCAAGUGAGGGAAAAGACUGAAACUAAGUGUGAAACUGUCAUUUAUUUUAAGUUAUCCAUGUUAUUUUAAAAACAGAAAUUUAAUGAUGUUAUUUUGAAAUAUGCAAAUGUAUAAAUAUCAUGGGCUAGGAGUUGUUUUUUUAAUGGUUUUUUUUCUAAUGAAAAUAUGAUCAUAUCUAUUUGUGUUUUGUGGCUGUGAUGGAAGGUCAACUUUUUUAGAUAAGGCUUUGUCAAAUGCUUGUAUUUAUCAAAACAGUUUGUUACACAACAUUUUGCAAUUAUAAAUAAUUUGCAAUACA